AUGUAUGGACACAAAGAUAUGUUGUUAUUUCUAAAUACAAAAGCUAGUAGCAGAGAAAUCACAAGCAUAUCCACUCCAAUGGUUAGUCCAUUAACAAUAAAGAUUGAUGGCUCAACAACUCUUCCCGCUGCUGUUCUUAGGACUGAUGGCUCAACAAUUCUUCACGCUGCUGUUCUUUCCAAAGCUUACGUAUAUUAUAUUAUUGGAGAUGUGGCAAUAGAGAUCAUGGAGAUUUACCCUGAGCUUGCUUCUUAUAGAAAUGGUGAUGACGCCACGGCUUCACAUAUUUUAGCGCUAUCACCUUCUUCUUUCAAGAGUGGAACCAAGUAUGCUCAGCAAUACCUUGGGGCCACACCAUUUGUUUUGGUCGAAAAGGUUGCAGCUAUUAUAUACUCAUGUUUUCCAGUCCUCAAACUCAUUUACAAUGCAAAACUGAAACAUGGUUAUGCAAUACAACUCCUUAGGAUGUUACUUGAAAAAGAUUGUGGUCAGUGGACGAUGAAUUAUGGGGCCAACAUUCCCCAUGGACGGGAUGACAUAUACAAUAACUUCGAAAACCAACAUUCAUUGCCAAUAACAACAAAGGUUAACACCUACCGAGUUAAAGAGAGGCCAAUUAUCUUGGCAACUAAGUUGGGUAUAGCAGAGAUGUUCAAAGAAAUAAUUGAGGUAUAUCCGGAAUCAAUUCGAUUCCGUGAUGAAGAAGCUGGAAGAAAUUUGUUGCACUUAGCUGCGGAAUUCAGACAUGAGUCCAUAUUAGAACUCUUGAAGUCAUCAUCAACUAAUUCAAAGAGGAACUUAGACAUGUUGGUCAUUGGGAUAGAUAGAGAUGGUAACACCCCACUUCAUGCUGCUGCUAAGCUUGGAAAACUUAAACCAUGGCACAUUCGCGGAGCUGCACAAUGGAUGCAGUGGGAGUGUGUUUGGUUUCAGCGGGUAAAACGUAUGCUUCCACCUCAUAUGCUAACAAUGAAGAACUGCAAUAACCAGUAUGCUCACCAAGUGUUCACUGAAACUCAUAAACAUCUUAGAAAAGAAGGUGAGAAAUGGUUCAAAGAAGGAUCAGAGAAUUAUAUGUUCAUAUCAGCUCUAUUAGCUACUGUGAUGUUUGCAUCCGCAUUCGCUGUACCUGGGGGAAACGACUCAACAUCAGGUCGUCCAAUCCUACUCAAGAACCAAGACUUUGUAUUGUUUCUUCAUUACGUAGGUUAUUCGUUGUUCUUUUCUAUCAUAUCUUUGGGUCUAUUUCUCACCAUCCAUGCUGCUCCCUUUAACGAACAUGACUUCUUUUUGCGAUUGCCUUUAAGGUUCGUGUUUGCUGUAACUGCUUUGUUCCAAUCAUUUACUUUCACUACUUGUGCGUUCUUCCAAGCGUAUAUGCUUAUUACUGGUUGGACAGGCUCUAUGGUCUGGUUUAACAUUGACACGGGAUUAGGUUUACUGGGGCUUUUCUUUUCUGCUGAUUUGUACGUGGACAUCGUCGGGUGCUUUAUCCGUUACUUGAUCGACAUUCUCUUCAUUUAG